UGGCAGUGUUCGGGACGCGCGGUGUGGACGCGUAGCUCUCAUUUUGAUAUUCAUGAGUAAAGUAAACUUUAUAGAAACACCGAACUAAAGUAAAAUACACCAGAAGCGCCAAAACAAUCGAACUGGAUAACUUUGAAGUUUUUCUAAAGGAGUUUGGAUCACUUAGAGCACUGAGCAGAGAUCUGGAGGAAUAGACGCGCUGGCAGCGGCUUGUGAAGUCUCGAGCGCUGAACAUGCCCUAAAAUGAGUCAAUGAUUCAAUAAUUGAUGAGAGUCACUGUACUGCACUGGGAGAUUCAUCACGCAAAGGGAUUUACAGAGGUGUUGUAUAUGUAAAGCUGAGCCCUGCCAAUCCCCUGUGGUUGGAUUUCUAUACUAACGUGUCAGACAUACCCGUGACUCCUGAGAAGUAAGAUGGCUACAGUGGGCAUGCUGUCAGAGGCCUCUGAGAGCGGAGACAACAAUGAAUUCACUGAUAUCAUCAGAUGGAGAUCAGAUGAGCAUGAUGCUGUACAGAAGAAAACCUUCACGAAGUGGAUCAAUGCUCAGUUCUCCAAGACGGGAAAGACGCCUAUUAAAGACAUGUUCUCUGACCUGAGAGACGGACGAAAACUGCUCGAUCUGCUAGAGGGACUAACUGCAACUACACUGACCAAAGAGCGUGGCUCCACCAGAGUUCACUCCCUCAACAACGUCAACAGAGUCCUGCAAGUGCUUCAUCAGAACAGCGUGGAUUUGGUGAAUAUUGGAGGGACUGAUAUUGUUGAUGGGAAUCAUAAACUCACUCUGGGACUCAUCUGGAGUAUCAUACUACAUUGGCAGGUGAAGGAUGUUAUGAAGGAUGUGAUGUCCAGUCUUCAGCAGACCAACAGCGAGAAGAUUCUGCUGAGCUGGGUUAGAAACUGCACACGUAACUAUGACAACGUCAACGUGCUCAACUUUACCACCAGCUGGGCAGACGGGUUGGCGUUCAACGCCGUGUUACAUCACUUCAGGCCACAUGGGUUCAGCUGGGAGGAAGUAGUUAAUCUAACACCAGUAGAGCGACUGGAGCAUGCCUUCACAUUCGCCAAAGAUCAACUCAACAUUGAGAGACUGCUGGACCCAGAAGACGUGGCGGUGCAGUUGCCUGAUAAGAAGUCCAUAAUUAUGUAUGUGACAUCAUGUUUUGCUGUGUUUCCCAAUGACAUCACAAUGGAUGACAUCAGAGAGGUUGAGACGCUACCUAGACGCUAUAAGGUGGAGACAGAAGAGGGACAUUCUGGAUUGGCUGAAAAGGCAGUGGAGGCGGGCAGUGCACUGGCAAAGGUGCCCAGCACACUGACAGUGGUGGAGAUGGAGGGAGAGAUGGAGGUGAAUCUGGACACGUAUCAGAUCACACUGGAGGAGGUUCUCACUUGGCUGCUGUCUGCUGAGGACGCAAUGCACAUGCAGGACGAUGUGUCUGAUGACGUCGAGGAGGUCAAAGAGCAGUUCCACACGCAUGAGGCCUUCAUGAUGGAGUUGACGGCGCACCAGAGCAGUGUGGGCAACGUCUUGCAGGCGGGAAACCAGCUGAUCACUCAGGGCAACCUCAGUGAGGAAGAGGAGAUGGAGAUCCGAGAGCAGAUGACCCUGCUGAAUGCACGCUGGGAAAGCCUGCGGGUGGACAGUAUGGACCGCCAGUCCAGACUUCAUGAAGUUCUCAUGGACCUUCAACAACAGCAGCUCCAGCAGCUCUCCGAUUGGCUGACACAGACCGAGGGGCGGAUCCGUAAAAUGGAAACAGAGCCAAUAGCAGGAGGCAUGGAGGGAUAUGUGUCUCAGAUAGAGCAGCACAAAAUGUUGCAGAAUGACCUAGAGGUGGAACAGGUGAAGGUGAACUCUCUUACACACAUGGUGGUGGUUGUGGAUGAGAACAGUGGUGAGAGCGCCACCGCUGCCCUGGAAGACCAACUGCAGUCACUGGGAGAGCGCUGGGCGGCGGUGUGUCGCUGGACAGAAGAGCGCUGGAACAAACUUGAGGAAAUUCAGCUGGUGUGGCAGCGACUACUCGACGACCAGAGUUUGUUUGGAUCCUGGCUGGCAGAGAAGGAAAAGGCCUUAAGUGAAGCUCAGACCAGUGAUUUCAAAGACCCCAGUGAAAUAAACGCCAGUGUCCGCAGAUUAGCCAGUCUUAAAGAGGACAUGGCACAGAAGCGAAGGACCCUGAGUGCUCUGUCAGAUGCUGGACAGGACGUGAUGUAUCUGUUGAACAGUCCAGCCGCAGCUCAGAAGAUCAAGUCUGAAACAGACGGGCUGACCCAACGCUGGGACAACCUGGUCCAGAAACUGGAGGACUGCUCCAGUCAGGUUACUGAGGCGGUGUCUGUUACCAGGGGGUCCCAGGUACAGGAAAAGGUUGUCAUGGAGACGAUCACAACAGUAACGACGCGGAUGGAGCAGACUUUCACCAGCAGCGACCGGGAGUUAACGCCACCAGCCCCACCAAAACGGCGACAUCUAGAUACAGACGGCGAGCUCAGGAGGCUAGCUGAAAUAGAUGUUCCCGAGCUUUUAUCCCGACUGACUGAAUGGAAAUCAUCUGCAUUAGCUGCAAGAGACUCAUCUGAUCUGAAAGGCAAACUACAGGCUAUGGAGGUGGGGCUUGCUGAGAGGGAGGGGCCACUGAAAGAGGUGGUGCAGAAAGGAGAAAAUAUGAUUGAACAGCUGGAGAAAGAGGGUCUGUCCACAGAUGAGGCUCAUUCCAGUCUGGACUUAGUGAAUAAGGAAUGGGAGGGCUGUCAGAACUUGAUGCAGGAUCUGAGGAACCGAGCUCAAGUUCUUGAUCGUCUGCCAGCGGUUCUCUCAGGAUGGAAGGCUGUAGAUGGAGUUCUUCAGGAGCAGGAGAAAUGGUUGAUCUCCACUGAAGGGUUUAGAGCAAAAGAUGACCAGCAGGACCUGCAGACACUCAAAAAUGAGUGUGAGUGUCGGAUAGCAGAGCUGAUAAAGCUGCAGCCGCAGGUGGAAGAUCUCUGUGUCCAGGGUGAGCAUCUGACUGCAGAACCUGGUGCUCCUGAUACCAUCAAACCCAGUCUGACAGUGAUGGCAUCACGCCACAGCACAGUUAUUCAAGAGCUCAAGACACGGCAGCAGGACAUCAGCACAGUGUUAACCAGGCUGGUGGGGUCCAGAGCACUGCAGCAAAUGGAGUCCAGACUGUGUGCUAUUAGAGAUGAUGUCAGAGACAUAACAACAGCUGAACAGGCAGUCAUCAAAGCUCAGGCUCUUUGCGCAGAGAUCGAUCAACAGAAGCAGAAGGUUUCAGACCCAUCAGAUCAGCUGAGCUGGAUUGAACUCUCUAGUGCUGCCCACGACCAGCUCGGCAUGCUACAGUGUAUUUUGGGCAGCAUGAAGGACACUAAUGUGAAGAGUGAGGAGGUUUGCCGCUGGGUAGACGCAGUUGAGGAACUUCUGUCUCGAGACACCAGCGGCCUCAGCCACGGCGACAAACUACAGGAAGAACUCAACCAAUGCAAGGAGUUUGUUGGUGAGAUGGAGACUGUGGAAUCAUCUCUGAAGCAGAUGGGAGAAAAUGUGGUGGCCGUACAGCAGAGUGCAGUACCAGGACUGACCAGCUGGGGGCAAAAGAAGUUAGAAGAAAGUCAGAGACGCUGGGACAUGCUCAGUAAAGAGUUGUUGAUUCGUGAGGAGCGUGCGAAUGAAGGUAAGGAGAAAGUGAUGAACCUGAAGAAAGAUCUGGCGGAGAUGAGAGAGUGGAUGAUUCAAGUGGACGAGGAGCACCUCAUGAGAGACUUUGAGUACAAGAGUCCAGAGGAGCUGGAGGAAGCUUUGCAGGAGAUGAAGAGGGCCAAAGAGGAUGUAUUACAGAAGGAAGUGCGAGUGAAGAUUUUGAAGGACAGCAUUAAUGUGUUUAUGACUAAGUUGCCCCCUGGUGGUCAAGACCUGAGCAGCGAACUCACUGAAGUCCUGAAGAACUACAAUAAACUGUGUGAUCGCUUUAAGAGCAAGUGCCAUACCCUUGAGGAGGUGUGGUCAUGCUGGAUUGAGCUGCUGCAGUAUCUAGAUGUGGAGUCUGGCUGGUUGAACACAUUGGAGGAGAAUGUUCAGGCCACAGAGAACAUCCCAGAAAACACAGAAGCCAUCAGUGAAGCUCUAGAGUCUCUGGAGUCAGUUCUCCGUCAUCCGGGUGAUAACAGGACACAGAUCCGAGAGCUGGCUCAAACUCUGAUCGAUGGAGGGAUUCUGGAUGACCUCAUCAGCGAAAAACUGGAGAAUUUCAACUGCCGCUACGAUGAGCUGACUCACCAGGCCUCUGCUCGUCAGAUGUGUCUUGUGCAACAGUUGGGGUCUCUGAGAGAGAAUGAGACGGCCUUACACACACUACAGACAGCUCUUACACACCUGGACCAGACACUUACCUCUUACCUUACAGACCGCAUCGAUGCCUUCCAGCUGCCACAGGAAGCUCAGGCGAUCCAGGCAGAGAUCGCAGCCCAUGAGGCCACGCUGGAGGACCUGAGGAGGAGGAAUGUGGGGAAUGUGCCUACGACAGCCCCAGAGGGCAAACCAGUGCGAGGAGGCACCCUGCUGGACCAGCUACAGCGUAAACUCCGUGAGAUCAUUACGAAAUUCCAGCUGUUCCAGAAACCUGCUAACUUUGAGCAGCGGAUGCUAGACUGCAAGAGGAUUCUGGAAAAUGCCAAAGCUGAACUUCACGUUCUGGACCUGAGAGACACACAACCAGAGGAGAUUCAAGCCCAUCUCAAUGGAUGCAUGAAACUGUAUAAGAUCUUGAGUGAGGUGAAACUGGAGGUGGAGACAGUGAUUAAAACAGGCAGACAGAUAGUACAGAAACAGCAGACGGAGAAUCCUAAAGGAAUGGAUGAACAGCUCACCGCACUCAAAUUACUCUACAAUGACUUGGGAGCUCGGGUGACGGAGGGGAAGCAGGAUUUGGAAAAGGCUCUGUCUCUGUCUCAGCGGCUGAAGAAGGACAGUGCCGCCCUGCAGGCCUGGAUGAACCACACUGACACUCAACUCAAAGAGAAACUCAACACAGGGGAUAUGCCCGCUGAUGUCGAUGCAGAGAUCACAUGGGCCAAUGGUGUGUUGAAGGAGUCUGAACGGAAGAAGAAUGAUCUGUCUGUGAUCAUGGAGAACAGCGCCGCCCUGCAGGCGUUAGUGGAGGGGAGUGAAGCUCAGCUGGAGGAUCAGCUGUUUGAACUGAAUGAGGAUUGGGAGCGUGUGAACACUGUGAUAGAGGACUGGCUCAGUGCUGUUCUGAAUCACAGGCAGGAGGUGGAGAUGUUUGAUGAGAAUUUGGCUCAUAUCAGCACGUGGCUCUAUCAGACUGAAAUCCGAUUGGAUGAGAUGGAGAAGAUGCCUACAGCCGAGAGAGACAGAAUGAUGAAGGCUGUUUUGUGCGAGUUGGAUGGUAUGAGUGUGCGUGUGGACAGCGCUCGUGAUCAGGCAGUAAUAUUAAUGACCAGUAGGGGGCCUGCGUGCAGAGAGCUAGUGGAACCCAAACUGGCUGACGUCAACCGCAGCUUCCACAAGGUGGCGCAGCACAUCAGCUCUGCUCAGGUGUCGGCCGGUCUCGAGGUCAAACAGGAGGCAGUAUGUCCACAGCAGGAAGUGUCAGAUGAGUGGUCUGCUCCUCAUGUAUCCGCUCAGCUACAGCUAUUUGAAUCUGACCUACAAGCUGCUCUCGAAGCACUGGAGCAACAGGGCCAUACACACAUACCUGAUGAUGAGAGGUUGGAUGAGGAGAAAGCUCAUAUUGAGGAGGUGUUGAGAAGAGGAGAGGAGAUGCUGAUGUCUGUUCCUGAUGAGAAAAGAAGGGAAGACCUCUGCAGGAGACUCAUUUUGCUCCAAACACGCUACAAGGAGCUGCAUAUUAGAGUAGACUCAUCCCUCUCUCCUCCGGAUGAGAUGAGUGCUUCUCUCUCUCCGUCUGACUAUCUCCUGGACAUUAAUAAAGUUUUAUUGGCCAUGGCUGACAACGAGCUGCUUCUGAACUCCUCAGAGCUGAGCGGAGGGCUGUUUGAAGAUUUUUCCAGUCAGGAGGACAUGCUGAAGAGUAUAAAGGAGAGUUUGGAGCGACUGGCCGAGCAGGUUGAGGUGAUUAAUGAGCGUCAACCUGACGUGAUUCCUGAAGCUUCCAGUCAAGAAAUGGCCCAGCUAUCCGAUGCCCUGACACAACUGAACUCAGAGUGGGAUAGAGUCAACCGCAUGUACAACCAGAGAAAAGGGUGUUUUGAUCAAGCUGUGGAGGAGUGGAGGCAGUUUCACUGUGACAUGAACGAUCUUUCACAAUGGCUGAGUGAGACGGAACAGAUCCUGGCCGACGGAAUCGGACCAGAAGGAGAACUGGACCUGGAACGGGCCCGUGCACAUCAACAGGAUCUGGAAGAGGGUUUGGCGUCUCAUCAGUCUGUUUUGGUGGUGUUGAGCCGGUCUGAAGAACACAUCAUCAGUCAGCUCUCGUCUCCUGUUGGUGCUCUGCUACAGGAGAAACUGGACACACUGAGACACCGCUGGACAGACGUCCAGAGACAAGUGUCUGACCGCCAGCACAGGUUGAUGGGUGAUGAUCCAGCUGUUAUGGAUGUCAUUCAGCGUUCUGCUGAUCUGGCUCAGUGGGUGGAGCAGACGGAGGUUGCCGUGUCAACAUUACCUGUCUCUGCUACUGACAAUAACCUCAGAGAGCUCAAGGCUCUGACAGAGGAAAUGGAUGGUCAAAAUGAGAUGUUAUCAUGGCUGAACAAGGCUGGCUUUCAGAUCUUGUCAAACUCCAGUCUGAGUUCCCAAGACAAAGACACUCAUGUGAAUAAACUACGCCAGAUAAACAUCAGUUGGAGUAAAAUGAGCCGUGAGUUGCUGGAUAAAGUGCGUGAGGUGGAGGGGUGUCUGCAGACACACACACAGGUCCAGGACGAGAGCAGGCUGACAUCAUACGGGCAGUUCCAGGAUCGCAUGAACAGACUGGGUGACUGGGUUUAUAUCACCAGCCAGUCACUGAGUGAACUCACACCAACUGAGGCGCAGGUUCUGGAGAUGUCCAUGCAAGAGCAGAAGCGAGAGUUGGAGGAGCUGUUGUCCUAUUCCAUCGAGCUCCAGAAGAAACAGCUGCUGUUACCACAGGAAAAGAGUAAAAUUGAACAGCUUGCAGUUGAUUGGAAGGCUCUGGACAUCAGAUUGAAGGAGACACCACAACAGUCUCUGUCACCAUGGACACAACAAGUCGCUCAGCAGCAAUUUACAGUGAGCGUGCCGUCUGCAGUUAACAUGGUCAGCCUGAUGAGCGAAGAGCGACAUCACAGUCCAGAGCUGGUGGGCCCGACCGAUCUCAACCAGACAGCCACAGAGCUGGCCGACUGGCUCCUGCUUAUUCACCAGAUGCUCAAGUCCAAUAUCGUCACUGUGGGAGACAAAGAUGAGAUCCACACCACCAUCGGCCGCCUUCAGGUGACUAAAUGUGAUCUAGAGCAGAGACAUCCUCAACUGGAGGACAUCAACACACUGGCUCAGAACAUCAAGAACAAAACCUCCAACUUAGAUGUGCGCACCUCCAUCUCAGAGAAACAGGAGAAAGUGCGUAGCCAGUGGGACAGCACACAGCAUGGUGUGGAGGCUCGACUUCAGCAGCUGGAUCGCAUGAUUAGCCACAGCGAUCAGUGGGAGGAGCUGAGACGUAAGGUGAAGGCUCUGAUUGAUCAAAACGAGAUGCUGUUUCAUAACCUGCUGCAGCUGAGCCAAGAGCCGCUGACUAAACAGAUCAAUGACAACAAGGUCUUCCUGCAGGACCUCAGUCGAGGACAGGAGAGUGUGACCUCCUUUAACGAACUGUCCAAUCAGCUGCUGCAGGAAUAUGCAGCCGAUGACACACGCAAGGUCAAAGAGGUCAUGGACAAACUCAACACUUUGUGGAACAGCAUCAAUAACAGGGCGUCGGACCGCCAGACAGCUUUGGAUUCAGACCUAAAGACUCUGCAGGCGUCCCUCCGAGAACUCGAGUCGUUCCUGAAGUGGCUGCAAGAGGCAGAGACAACCCUCAAUGUGCUAUCUGAUGCCGCCCAGAGGGAGGGGCUCGCCCAGGACUCCACCCACAUCAAGGAACUGAAAGGCCAGCUGGGGGACAUCCAGGCAGAGAUCGAGGCUCAUAAUGAUGUGUUCAGGGGUGUGGAGGGAAAUAAGCUGAAAAUGGUGAAAGCUCUGGGCAGCUCAGAGGAGGCAGUGUUUCUACAGCAUAGACUCGACGAUAUGAACCAGCGCUGGAAUGACCUCAAAGCCAAAUCAGCCAACAUACGGGCUCAUCUAGAGGCCAGUGCAGAGCGUUGGAACAGGCUGUUGUCAGUGCUGGAAGAGUUGAGCCGCUGGAUCAGUGUGAAAGAUGAAGAGCUGAACAAACAGAUGCCCAUCGGAGGAGACGUACCCACAUUACUGCAACAACACACACACUGCACGGCGCUGAGGGCAGAGCUGAAGGAGCGUGAACAUGUUGUCCUCAGCACAUUAGACCAGGCUCACAUGUUUCUGGCCGACCAGCCAAUCGAAGGGCCCGAAGAGCCACGCAAGAACCUGCAGCCCAAAACAGACCUGACCCCAGAGGAGAAGGCCCAGCGAGUGGCUAAGGCGAUUCGUAAGCAGACAGCAGAAGUUGGUGAGCGCUGGGAGAGGCUGAUGGGACAUGCGGACACCUGGCAGGAGCAGGUGGAGAGAGCUCUAGAUAAACUGCAGGACCUCCAGAGCUCCAUGGACCAGCUGGACCUGCAUCUAGCUCAGGCAGAGGAACUCAAAGCAGGCUGGCAACCUGUGGGAGACCUUCUCAUAGACUCCCUUGAGGAUCACAUUGAUAGGACAUCAGCUUUCCGAGAGGAAAUCUCUCCAAUGAAACAAGAUGUUCGAGCUGUGAAUGAUCUUGCAAGUCAGCUGACUCCACUGGACGUCCAGCUGUCCUCCACCACCAACCGCCAGUUAGAUAACCUCAACAUGCGAUGGAAACUACUGCAGGUGGCUGUAGAGGACAGGUUGAAGCUCUUGCGGGAAGCACACAGAGAUUUUGGUCCCUCCUCUCAACACUUCUUAUCCACAUCAGUCCAGUUGCCCUGGCAGAGAGCAGUGUCCCAGAAUAAAGUGCCCUACUACAUCAAUCAUCAGAAUCAGUCGACAUGCUGGGACCAUCCCAAGAUGACCGAACUGUAUCAUUCACUCUCUGACCUCAACAAUGUGCGAUUUUCUGCAUAUAGAACGGCCAUGAAGAUCCGCCGCCUACAGAAAGCACUAUGCUUGGACCUGUUGGAUCUGAGUGUAGCUCAGUCGAUGUUCCAGCAGCAUAAGUUGACAGUGAACUCUCAGCAGUUGACGGUUCCUGAGGUCAUCAACUGUUUGACAUCUGUGUAUGACGGACUGGAGCAGGAACACAAAGACCUGGUCAAUGUCCCACUGUGUGUGGACAUGUGUCUCAACUGGCUGCUCAAUGUCUAUGACACGGGACGCAGUGGAAAGAUCCGAGUACUGUCGAUGAAGAUUGGCCUCCUCUCUCUUUGUAAGGGUCACCUGGAGGAGAAAUACAAAUGUCUGUUUAAUCAGGUGUCGUCAGCGGGUGAUACGUGUGAUCAGAGGCAGUUGGGUCUGCUGCUCCAUGAUGCCAUUCAGAUCCCCCGACAGCUGGGCGAAGUAGCGGCCUUCGGCGGGAGCAACAUCGAGCCUAGCAUCCGCAGCUGCUUCCAACAUGUGACCAAUAAGGUAGAGCUGGAACCGAGGCACUUCAUUGAUUGGAUGAGGCUGGAGCCUCAGUCUAUGGUGUGGCUUCCUGUCCUGCACAGAGUGGCGGCAGCAGAAACGGCCAAACAUCAGGCCAAGUGCAAUAUCUGUAAAGAGUUCCCUAUCGUCGGUUUCAGAUAUCGCAGUCUGAAGCACUUCAACUAUGAUGUGUGUCAGAGUUGUUUCUUCUCUGGUCGGACUGCAAAGGGUCAUAAACUGAACUACCCCAUGGUGGAGUACUGCACACCAACCACCUCAGGAGAAGACAUGCGAGAUUUUACCAAAGUCUUAAAAAACAAAUUUCGCUCUAAGAAAUAUUUUGCGAAGCACCCACGCCUGGGUUACCUGCCUGUCCAGACGGACCUAGAAGGAGACAACAUGGAAACUCCGGUCACUCUGAUCAGCAUGUGUCCGGAGCAGUAUGAGAUGUCCCCAUCUCCUCAACUCCCUCAUGAUGACACACACUCACGGAUAGAGCAGUACGCCAACAGGUUGGCACAGAUGGAGCGUUCAAAUGGAUCUCUGCCUACAGACAGCAGCUCAGCCACUGGAAGCAUGGACGAGGAACAUGCUCUAAUCCUGCAGUACUGUCAGACUUUGGGAGGGGAGGGCUCAUCCUUCAGCCAGCCCCAAAGCCCUGCUCAAAUCCCCAGGAGCACCACCCCUAAUGUUCAUAGCCCUUCCUACCUGCUUCAGAGCCCCACCCAGAUUCUGCAGGCAGUGGAGAGGGAGGAGCGAGGAGAGCUGGAGCGAAUCAUAGCACGACUCGAGGAAGAGCAGCGGACCCUACAGAGAGAGUAUGAGCAGUUGCAGCAGCAGCACGGUCAGCCUAGCUCAGUGGCUGUUAGCGGGGCCUCUGAGGAAGCUGACCUGUUAGCCGAAGCUAAACUCCUGCGACAGCACAAGGGACGACUGGAGGCCCGCAUGCAGAUACUAGAGGAUCAUAACAAACAGCUGGAGUCCCAGCUCUACCGACUACGCCAACUACUGCAUCAGCCUGAGUUAAAUGGCAUGUCAUCAUCCAGCUCUCUCCAUCAGGAUGCAGCAGGACAAACCGAGCUCCCAGAUGAGUGUUUUAACAGUAGCUCUGAACUGGCUGAGGUUAUGGAACAAAUUAACCACAGUUUUCCUGCAUGCUCUUCAUCAAGUAUGUCGUCAAGACCCAAGGUGAUGUGAGAGUUGUCAGCAAAACACCCCUUUGGAGAGCACUGUCCAACUCAACAAUUCAAGAUUCCCAUUCCAGAGAUGCAGAUUCCUGGCUGUUCCCUAGACAGACAUGGACCCAAAGACUCUGGAACAGGACCACAUAAUUCAUUUAAAUGGCUAUUACUACUGCGUCUGUCUGUACUAUGCAACUGUACAUUUGAUCAACAUGUAGAUUGUAUGUGAGGUGUAUUUGCCUAUUGUUUUAAUAAUCUGAUGAUGAUUUGGGUUAUGGGGGCCAUUUAUCGUGUAACCUCUACCCUUUUAUUUUUGUGUUCACCGGGAACCAAACUACUACAUAUCUCACAAACAACUCAUGUCACCCCAAUAUCCAUCGGCACAUGUUGUCUUUCGACAGACGUGGUUGGUUAUUAGUUAAAUCAGAAAACUUAGUAAACAAUUAGUUAGAAGACUAAUCACAUUUUGGCAUCUCAAAACAGUCUCAAAACUGCAUGUUGCCCCCCAACAUUGUUCUGUUAUAGUUCUAGCCUAUUUUGACACAGUUUGCCGUAAAUGGUCUCCCUUUAAAGCAUUUUGACAUUCCAGCCCUCACUGCUUUUCUAAAACGCACGCACAGAUGUUUUACACAAACACAUACAAAACACCCUUUUGUGCCUAUAAAGCAUCCAUUCCAGGAGAGAAUAGAAGACGAUAGAGACCGUAAUCCUCAAGAUCAUUUAGAAAGAUUAUAUUAUAUAUUAAAAAAAAGGACAAAUGUAGUAAACAUGGAUUUUCAGAAUGCUUGGCCCAAGAUGAUUUAUCAUUGUGUAGUAUAGUUUUAUAAAUAAAUGUUUGAAAAAAACUUUAGAAGAAAGCCAUGAUUGCCUUGCUACCUCAGACUUGAUCAAUCAUUCAUUCAUUAAUUCAUUUGUUUUUUCAUUGGCGUGAUCUGUACUGUUGUUUUUUGCAAUAGUAUUGCAGUACAAUCCCUAUGCGUGACUGCCGAUUGACUUCACUUUCCAUUUCCCAAACAAAGACAUAGUUCCAGCAAAUGUUCUGCAAAAUUGCACCUUUUUAUGUUAGUAAGAUUCCCUGAUGACAAUGUUGUACUUUUCCCUUUUUUUCCCAGCAGUCAUCUCACUUUUCUACAUGGUGUAUUUGUGGUGUGCUACCUUUGGUGCGGCAUUAGAUCUUAACAUGACUAUAACACCUGACAUUUGAAGUUGAUUCUGAACUAGUGAAGUCUCACUGUCACCAAUGCUGUGCUGUUCUGACCCGAGAUUAGUCCAAUUAGACCAACCACACUACAUGUAAUGAGGUUCCAUACGUUUUAUUUUAAAUAAAGUUUUUAUAAUGAGUGUU